UCCCUCCCUCUUGUUCUCUCUCAGUCUGAAAUUAAUACAGGCAAGGCACAUUCAAAGCUGCUCCUGACUACCUCUCCUUUCUCUUUCUCCCUAUCUCCCCCUAAUUCCUGAAAUCUCCCCUGAUCCCUAUUUUUUUUUUCCUAUCUCUCUCAUUCUUUUCAUCCCUCUCCAUCUGUCUUUUUUUUUAUUCCUCCUCAUCCUUUCUGGGAUUUUUUUUUUUUUUUUGUGGUAGAAAAGACGCAGAGAACCCUACAGGAGGGGCAGACAGGAAAGAGCAAAUAACAGGACUAGAAGGGGGCAAUUAAGACAGAUCUCAUCAGAGCCAAACGCCCCUGCCGCUCUCUUACUGAAAGAAGACUAAGGAGGUCUCUUCCUUGCUAGAACCAAUAAGCACUGCAGAGCCCGGAUCCCAUGCAGACAUGGCUGUAACCUGCACACGCUUUACAGAUGAAUACCAGCUGUAUGAAGAGAUUGGCAAGGGAGCAUUCUCAGUGGUCAGAAGAUGCGUGAAGCUCUGCACAGGGCAUGAAUAUGCGGCAAAGAUCAUUAACACCAAGAAGUUGUCAGCACGAGAUCAUCAGAAACUAGAGAGAGAAGCCCGGAUUUGUCGUCUAUUAAAGCACCCAAAUAUUGUACGCCUCCAUGACAGUAUAUCAGAGGAGGGUUUCCACUAUCUCAUCUUCGACCUGGUCACAGGAGGGGAGUUGUUUGAAGACAUUGUGGCAAGAGAAUAUUACAGUGAAGCAGAUGCAAGUCACUGUCUCCAUCAGAUAUUAGAAAGUGUUUGUUUCACACACUCUUGUGACAUUGUGCACAGGGACUUGAAGCCAGAAAACCUUCUACUUGCCAGUAAAUGCAAAGGAGCUGCUGUAAAGUUGGCGGAUUUUGGCCUGGCCAUAGAGGUACAAGGAGAACAGCAGGCCUGGUUUGGUUUUGCUGGAACCCCAGGGUACCUGUCCCCAGAGGUGCUCCGAAAAGAGGCAUAUGGAAAACCGGUGGAUAUCUGGGCAUGUGGUGUUAUCCUCUAUAUUCUCCUGGUUGGCUACCCACCAUUUUGGGAUGAAGACCAGCACAAGCUCUACCAGCAGAUUAAAGCUGGGGCAUAUGAUUUCCCAUCUCCGGAGUGGGACACAGUGACACCAGAAGCUAAGAACCUGAUUAACCAGAUGCUGACCAUUAACCCUGCCAAGCGUAUUACAGCUCAUGAAGCUCUCAAGCACCCAUGGGUCUGCCAACGUUCAACUGUUGCCUCAAUGAUGCACAGACAAGAGACUGUGGAGUGCCUGAAGAAGUUCAAUGCUCGUCGAAAGCUAAAAGGAGCCAUUCUGACCACUAUGCUGGCAACAAGGAACUUUUCUGUGGGCAGACAGACCACAGCUCCUGCCACAAUCACCACUGCCGCCACUAGUACAGCCCUGGGGUUGGUGGAACAAGCUAAGAGUUUGCUGAACAAGAAGACGGAUGUUGGAAAGCCUCAGACGAACAGCACUAAGAACAGCGCUGGAGUGACUAGUCCGAAGGGGCCUAUUCCACCAGCUGCCUUGGAGCCUCAAACCACAGUAAUUCAUAACCUGGUGGACGGGAUAAAGGAGUCAUCAGACAGUACACAUACAAACCCAGAGGAUGAAGAAAUGAAAGUGCUGAAGUUCUCAGACAUUUUAAGCUCAGUGAGGAGGGGUUCGGGGGCCCUGGAAGCUGAGGGACCUCAAGCAGCGGUCGCUCAGCAGCCCCUCUCCCCAUCCUUCCCCCAUUCACCUCUUGCACAGCCUGCUAGAUUCACAGAUAUAUUUAACACAGUCAGACGAGGCUCAGAAGCAGAGGGGGUGCAGUAUUCCAACACGCAGCAUCGGCUCUCCCAGCCCCAUCUAAACUCUCCGUUUGUACAGCCUCGGAAACAGGAGAUUAUUAAGAUAACAGAACAGCUGAUUGAGGCAGUGAAUAAUGGAGACUUCGAAGCAUAUGCGAAAAUUUGUGACCCUGGAUUGACUACGUUUGAGCCAGAAGCUCUGGGUAACCUUGUUGAGGGGAUAGAUUUUCAUCGAUUUUACUUCGAAAACUUGCUGUCUAAGAACAACAAGCCAAUCCAUACGACCAUCUUGAAUCCUCACGUCCAUGUGGUGGGAGAGGAUGCUGCCUGUAUCGCCUACAUACGCCUGACACAAUACAUCGAUACACAGGGUCGACCUCGUACCAGCCAAUCUGAAGAAACCCGUGUUUGGCAUCGCCGUGAUGGCAAGUGGCAAAAUGUCCACUUCCACUGCUCAGGGGCCCCUGUGGCACCCCUCCAGUGACACCUCCAGUAAUGCCCUCCUGGCUUCACCAGAAAAGAGGAAGUGCCAGAGACUUUUGGCUCCGCCGCUCACAGAGUUCCAGCGGCGAGGAAAAGCACGUGACCGCAUGCUUGUGCCGUUCCCUCUCAUCCCUCCUCCCCCUCAACCCCUCCAAAUCCAGACUCUUCUAUUCUUGUGGCCCUCAAUCCCCUCCCCCCAUGUGCACACAUACCCCAGACAUCCACUGCCUGGACUCAUGAAAUGUUUGCAAGAGGACAAGAAAAUGUUGUAGGAAAAAAAAGCCUCCUUUGUAUGUUUCCCUUCUGAACUUCUAAGCAUUCUUACCCCUCCCAAGCUGGGGAAGGGAAAGCUGAAACCUGUAUGACCCCUAUCAUGCUACAGGGGUAGGUGCAUCUAUUGACUUGUUGCAGAGAGAAAAAUUUGACCUUCAGCCUUCUUCCCUUUGGUCUUUUUGGCUUUAUUUGGGGGGUUGUGGAGGGGUGGAGGGAUCAUCUGAAAUCUCGAGGGGCUGGGGGGAGAGAACUGUAACCUUCCCGUGGAGCUGUUCCUUCCCGUGUGUUUGCGCGUCCAACGUGAAAUGAGUCGUCCAAACAGAACAAAGAGAAAACAAAAAAGGUACUUUUAAAAAAACACACAAAAAAAAUUUAAAAGACAUAAAAUAAAAAAAUAUAUAUAUUUUUUGUUUUUAUUUCCGCAAAGCAGUUCUCCCAGGGGCCCCCACUGCUACCUGUUUCUGUUUUCUUUUGCUUUAGGAAUGCAAAAAUAAUAUAUAUAUUAUACAUAUAGAUAUAUCUAUAUAUAUAAUAUAUAUAUUUAUUUAUAUUGAAAGAAGAAAAAUAUAUAUAUUUAUAUAUAUUUAAGAAGCGACCCAGCUCCAACAUAACCACACCCUGUAAAUAAUGGUCUUAUCCAUUGUCUGCAGUGGGAGAGCCAGUCCCAAAGCAUGGCCAGCAUUUUUUGGAGUGUGCUUAAAGUCUGUCAAUUCUCAGUGAGUACGAUUCUCCUCUGACAUGUGGGGUCUGUGCACAGAAUCCAUGACGCCUCUUGGAUCUUCUGAGAUCGGAUAUAUCACAGGGAUUCUUCUUAUAGAUUUCCUUUGAAGUAGCUUGGGUUUUCAUUCAGUGGUCCUCAAGGAGAUGAUGUUUUUUUCUGAAUUCUAGUUACUAUUGAGAUAUCCAUUAUUUUGUAGUGUAUGACAUUUUUUGCAGAAGGUUUAGGGUUUAUAGGAUUUUCUGUGUUUGUAGGGCGGCAAUGUAUGAUCCAAGGAUAAUAAAUAUAAGUCCAGUGUAAAGGACUGAAUCUUCCAGGAUGCAAAAGUUUCCCUUAAAGUGGAUCUACUUCACAUUGGAGGUGGCCCUUUUCGUGACUUGAGCUACUUUUCAGAAGAACGCAGGAAACUGAUUAUAAUUCACUAGGAUCUAGUGUGACUAAUUCUACAAAGGAUGAGCUUUGGUUCUGCACAGAAAAUGGCUACUUUCACUGUGUUGAGAUGACUGAUCCUCUUUGAAUACACUGGGAAAAAGCAGCAACCAAAAUCUUCAGGGAUUGAGGGAAAGCAGAAAUCCAAUUAUUGCUAUUGUGCCUGAUCUUCAUUGCCAGGACAGACUCUUCUGCGCAUCCCUAACUGAAAAGGCAAGGAGCAUAUGUGUAACACUCCUUCCUCGAAUGCCAAUUUUACACAAGUUUACAGGGUUCAGAGCAGUGACCCCAAGGGAGAGGAGAGGCGAAUCUCCGGCCUGACUUGUUUUCAUUUGUUGCUGUUUAAUUUUUUGCAUGCCCUUUAAACAGAAAUCCUAUAAAUACAUAUAUAUAUACAUAAAUCUAUAUAUAAGAGAAACAAGAGGACAGCUUGUUCGUUUUCUGAAUGCCAGUGGGGUUCUUUUGCUGCUGUCUUCCUUUAUAUUUCUGUUUUCUCGUCUCUUUCUCACUAUUUUUUUCUGAGCCUUGUAAGUGUCAAAGCAAGAGGAUAAAGACAAACAGAAAAAAAAUCUUCCUCUUGAUUUGUUUCAGAAUAUUGCAAAUUAAAAAAGAAAAACCAUAA